AAACUGUACCGACUAUAGUGGCAUCAGAAUUAAAGACAGUAGCAGGAAAACCACUUCAGUUUUCUUGCAAAAAAAACCUUUGAAAAGAGUAUUUUUUUCAUUCAUAGUAGCAGCUGUAUCAGUUAGGAAAGUAGGAAGCUUAUCUUAUUUUGUAGAUAACAUUUUGAGGAAGACAAGAAUAUUAUUCUUUUUAUUUAUUAAUUCAAGAAUUAUUGCAGCAGUGGCUUUCAAAAUACCCCAAAUUGUCUCAAACUGAAAUGCCUAUUAUAAAAAACAAUGGGAACUUUUAAUACCUGGAGGUUGGAAAGCCCUCUUUGAAUCAGUUAUGGAUGAUGGAGAGUUGUUUUGGGGAGAGGAGGGAAGUAAGGGUGACAGUGAAACUGCUUAAAUAUAAAUAACAGUUAUUCAGCUUCUGCUUGGCCUCAAAUCAAAUGAGAUGUGAAGCCUUUUUAAGACGAAGCAAUCCACUGUUAUAAUUUUAUUUACUUGCAUUAUCUAAGUAGAUUUGAGGAAUAACCAGGAAAAACAUGCUAUUUCUUCAGCCUUUAUAAGCUCAAGAUUGAACCAAAACUGUUAAUUCUUCAUUCGGAAAUAGCUUUUAAGUUCUUUUCAGCAAAAAGGAAGGCACUUAUUUUGUCUGCAAUGAGAAAAACAGAAAUACUGCUAUAUUAAUUACUGUCUUUAUAUGGAACAUCUGGAGUGAAAUUAGUUUUGCUUUUUGUCACAUCUAUGAAUCCUUUCCUGAUCUCCCUUUAAUUUUUUUCAGUCCAUUGCUUGAACUUUAUAGGUUGCAGUGUGAGCCCUACUUCUAAUACAUUCAGAGCCAGGACCAUGGAAAAUCACUUGAUUGCCUUGUGCCUCAAGAUUUGAGCAAAAGGGAUUUUUCUGUAAACUAAAAUGUUGCACUUAGUUUAAAUAUUCUUAGAAAAUCUAGGAAAGAAGCUAUGUGUUAUAUACUCUUGGCAUGUAACAUCUUGGUGUUUAGCAGCUGUACAAGGAGGGGAUCCUUUGGGUUUGCAUAGCCUACAACUGUGCCCAAGCAGAUAAACCUGGCAAAGCUGUUCAAGAAAGAGAACUGGGCAUUGCCAGCUGACAUGUGAAAACACUGCUGCCAUCAUACCCCUAGUGUGAAAAACAAAGUUUGAUAAGAUGUGUGAAUGAAAAAUUGGGUGUUAAAGAAUUUCUGUCAAGAGUUACUUCUUCUGCAAGACCUGUUAACUGUGGUUGGAACUGGAAGUCCUGCUGCCUGGUGAGUAAGGCUUAUGAUAUGGCAACAGGUUUUAUUGCUUGAAAUAUUUUUGUCAUGCUUUGGACUGGUCUUUGUAGGAAGGUUUCAGUGAUAUUCAACUGUUUCUGAUAAGAAUGUGGCAAUAGCAAGGUGUUUGUGUGUCUCGUCAGAUGUGUUUACAUGAAACACUUUGUCUCCUUUAAACACCUAUGUAUUUAGGAUGGUGCCUUGAAAAUUAGUAGAUGGCUCAUGUUUGUGUUGGAAGUAUGCCUCAACUCUUUAAUGAGAAGAAAAACCCAAACCACACAACUUCUAGUAUUAACACUUCUGUUAUUGACUAACAAGCAAAGCAUUUUGCAUUUUGUUUAGAGUAGUGAAGACACUGUAAUCUAGAAUUGCGGGGAUGGAAUCAAAGGCCCUUUAAAUAUAGGAAAAAAGGGUGUAAAAAACAUUUAUGUAUCAUGAUGUUUCCAGUUUCCUUCAGGAUUGGUGUUUUGCUGUGUCUCUGUAUUGCUCCUUGGAAUUUCUUCUUAAAAUGGAUGUGUUUCAGUUAAAGAACUAUAAGGGUGCUGUAUUGGAUGUGUUUUCUGGCUUUCUGGUAUGAAGCUUGGACGUUCAAAACUUUCAUUAUUUGGAAAGGCUGGUGACCUUUUGGCUUAACUCGUUUUAAAGUUGGCCUUUGAACAGGUGCAUUGAAGAAAAGCAUCUAUUUCAAUUAAAAAAAAAAUUCACUUCCUUGUCUUACUUGACCUGGAAAUUAUUUUAUUAGAUUUCAAUAAAUUUGAAUUCAAAUGUUAUAAAUAGUUCUGUAAAAUCCAUAUAUGUAUGGGCUGCAUGUAAAUACAUAGAGGGAGAAAAAGAAUGUUGUUAGGACAAGCAAAAGUUGAUUUUAUAUUGAAAAUCAAGUAGAAUAGAAAGAAUUUAGGGAAAUAUUUUCAUGUUGCAGAGAAAUUACACUGGACCCAAUGUGCCUAGACCUUGAAUGGAAAAGAAGGAAUCAAAAUAGACAAGCCUUUAAAUAUGAAUAUAAACAGAAUUUUAUGACUGUCUAUUAAGUUAAAAAUAAAAUUGAGUUCUUGGGUGUUCCUGCACUUCCUGGACAACUGAGGUUUUAUAGAGUUUUAAAGGAUUAUUCUUGGUGUGAGUCUAGAGGAAGUUUGCAUAGGUGUUUGUUCCUUUCUGGCAUGGGGAGACAAGGAAAAAGAAAAUUAAAAGGCUUAGUAAAUGAAGGUGGAGAUAGCAAUUGCACACAUAAAAGUUCUGGAGUCAGUGGCAAAUGAACUUUAGAUCCUACUUUGCCGUGUGGAUCCUAUGCAUCAAAGCUUUAACAUGAUUUCUGUUCAUUUUUAUGGAAACAGUUCUUACAUUCCCUCUCUAACCACAUGCUACAAAGGACAUCAGUUUUCUCCCACAGCAUGCUGAAGUGGAGCCUUAAUUUCAUUACAUGUAAUAGCAUUUGGGUGUAGCCAUAUCUAAUUGACAUUAAAAUGUUAGAUGGAAAACCUUUACCCUUAGGAUGGAGUGUGAGCUUGUAAUAUUUUAAAACUUUUUUUUUAGUUAAGAAAAACGUAUGCUAACAGCUUCAAUGGCAUCAUAACUUUAAAUGCAAACUCCAAGAUGUAGAGCCUGUUAACACAUAGGAGUGGCUAAAGUGUGUUUUUAAAUGCUCAACUUUGACAAUCUUUUCUAACAGUAAACCUCGUACUGGCAAGGUGUGCCUCUGUCAUUAACUGGAGUCACAUCAGUAACCAGCUGAAACUAAUGAGCUGCUCGUUUGCAUAAAUAGUUACAUCAGUGCAGCUGGUGCCAGAAAGUUAAAGCUGGGCUCUGGGUCCUAUAGCUGGCUUGGUACCAAUUUCAUGUUUGCUCUUUUGGAAAAGCUUUAAUAAAAUUCUGUCUAAUGUGUGAAGGGCCAUCCAUGGCGAAUGUAGUUGCUGUUGGAAUCCACGAGUUACCUGUACAGCUGUGUGCAUAUGCUAUCUACAUUUAUUUUUCUGUUGAUUUAAAAAUUGUUUGCAUUUGUGACCCUGGUAUUGUCUUGUGUACCAUAACACAGCUGUAAUGCACCUUGCUUCUGUGUCUCAGCCUCAGUCCUGCAGAGCAGGUAAGAAAAUUUUGAUCCCAGCUCUUGUUCUUUCAACAUUCUUCCCUAUAAAUUAACUAGUCUUAUGAAACUAGUUGUUUAGGGAGAGCAGAGGAAAGCAAUUUCCUUUCUGGUGCAGGGAGAUUUGACUCCAGCUUCCCUUUGGUGACUGCUUUAGCAAUAGCACAGAAUUACACUGCUCUUGUGCUUAAUCAUAAUGAUAGUCUAGGCUGAUCUUUCAGAUGUGAUGGCCAUAAGCCAACUCUUGGGUUCUUUUAUUCAACACUGCAGUAAAAGAUGAGGGUAGAGAGGAAAAGAAUUUCUUUUAAAGGCCUACAUCGCUAAAGAAAUGGGCUCUUGGGUCUGUCAUCUCUGUUCUGCUGCAUGUCCCCUAUGAACAGCUACUGUCAUAUCAGGGAUCACAACCUAAACAGGAUAUGCAUGAGACAAAAAUCUUCCAUCGUAUUAUCUACAGAUCAUAGAUGUGUUUGGGGACUACAGAAUGCUCAUAUUGGACUGGUACAAUCAGCCAGGGCACCAGAAAACAAAGGGAAAAUAGUUAUGUAUUGUCCCAGAUCCAGGAUCUUUAUUCAGUUGACACAAUGCCCGCAGCUGGUCAGAUUUAACCCAGCCUUUAGAAAUAAUUGGCUCCAGGGACUACUGAUGGGUCUGACUCUAAAGCCUAUUUGCAUUUGUAUCCAGAGGCAUGUAAAGGUGUAGCUGAUAGGCAUGAAUAACUUUCUGUUGGUUUAGUUCCCCUAAUGAAUACCAGCAAAAUAGAAGUGGAAUGUGUAGUCAUGGGAGUGGGCUGCCUUGUGGGUGGUAGGUAGCUAUUGAAUGUGCUUGGUUAUAAUAUAAAACAUUACUGUCUGAGGAGGUAAAUGGAGAGUUGCAGCAUCAUCAGUACUAAGUGUAAAUGAAACCUUGGAAGAGAACAGAUUGAAAAUGAAAGGCUAGAAGGAAUUGUUGAACCUAACUUGGUGGUAUGUGUAACUGAGCUACACAGUGAAUACUAAAUGGAGGGUGUUUAAUUAAUUUCUUCUUCUAGGCCAGUGCUGGCAUAAGUAGUUUUUGUUUACAACAAUAUAUUCCUGUUCUCACCCUUCCCUGUCCUAACCAGUUUGUUGGUAUAAACACUUGCAUGGUUGCACAGUGAUGCAGGUGCAAAUUAAGUGCUUCUCUAGGGAUGGUAAGGUAAGAAGUGACUAUCGGCUAGAUUAGUUUCUUAAACAAGUUCACCAUGUGGACAAAAGUAUUUGUUUUGGCAAGCCUGGGUGAGUAGUGAGGACAGAAAUGGAUAGGCUCAUGGUAGUAGCUGCUUAAGUAAUACAGCUGCUAAAGAAUAAGCCUAACAACAGAUGACCAUGGGUAGAUGUCUCACCUUUUUUUUAUUUGUAAUCUUAUUUUUCUCCAUGAUGUCUAAAUAAAACUUUCCUUUGUUUUACUGUUGAUCCUCAAAGCUAAGGAAGAAUGAUAAACAACUGAUUCUAAUUCCAUGAGGCUGUCUAUGGAGAGAGCUAUUACUUUUUCUGGUAUCAACUCUUUUAUUCAUUUUUCUUGAAUAGUACACAAGGACAGUGUAGAAUCAGGACAUUUUGAGAUUUGUUGAAUGAAAAUUUUGGCAACACUUUUUGUUACUAAGGAUUUUUAAUGUAAUUCAAAUAAUAGAAGUAUUCACAGAUCAGCUAAUGCAAGCUUGAGAGAUCUUUGUGUGAAAUCCUAAUAACAAGAGCAUCUGGAAUAAUUGCUGGUGCAACUGCUGUGCAGUGAUAAAAAUAUAGGUAUAGGGAAAGAAAACUUCAAGAUGUGUAGCAGUAUACAGUUCACAGAGCUCAGGUUCUGGUAAGUCUGCAAUGGUAAGAUGGAACAACUUGAAGUACUGUACAAUAAAAGUUUAAAUGCAUUCAGAAUUUUCCAGUCUCAAACUGUUCAUUAAUUAAAGCAGCCAAUUUCAGACCUGAAGGGAAAAUAAAAGCAGAGCCAAAACUUAGCUGGCAGUCAUUUGAUAGUAAAGCUUGUGGGAGCCAAUUACUUACAUGGUCCCUAGCGUUUGCAAAUACCUUUCCUUCUAACUGAAACAACUUUUUGUUUUAUUUCAAGCCAAAAUGCUUGGGUUUUUGCAGUCAUUAAAAAUACAUAUAAUGAAAGAAAACUUUAGAGUUGUGUAGCUGUAUAUGGAGAAAGCUCAGUCUUGUUUUGGUAAGGCUGCAGUGGUGUGAGUUUGCUGGGAAUUAUGUGCUAUCUCUCCUAGGUCAUCAUUAGUGCUGCCUAGUUCUGGAUGUAGUUUACACAGAGAGACAGUGAUUAAAAAUGAACCAAACCAUUUACUUCAAAAAAGCAGAGAAAUUCAAGGUAUUUGGUAAGCUAUGGAAUCUUUACAAGGCAAUUGUCAAGUUUUGAGGAAGUUAUUGUGUUCCAGUAAACCAUAGCUUCGUAGUAGUUCUUAAACUGUCAGGCCUAUGGAUUUGUUACAUAAGGACCAUGUUUCUGUAUGGAAAAGAAAGGUAAGUCUGUUUUGGCUGACUUGAUGCUUUGUAGCAUGUUGUGCAUGGUUCUGUGAUUAGUAUUUAUGCUCCAUCGCAUUUAUGGAGCAGCAGAUCUUAGUGGAGACUGGGUGGAAAAGGUGAAGACAAGAGAUUUUAUGCCUAGGUUCAAGUAAUUUGGUUUGAAGCUCUGCUAUGUUUAAAAGACCGUUUGAAAAGAAAAAUUAAAAUGGCAGAGUGCUUCUUGUAAUGUUGUUGUAUCCUUUUGCAAACCUUCUUUUGAAACAUAAAAAUAUUUAGCUAAAUUUUUGUUAUUUUCCUAAUUAGACAUAAGGCUCAAAGCCAAAGUAAUUGUAUCCAAAUUUUCAAUUAUAUAAUCAAUGCUAAAAUAAACCAUUUAUCCAAAAUCUGUUGUCCUAAGGGCCAUAUCCUGUAAAGAGGUGUAAGCCAGUUUAGUGGGAUGUCAGACAUGGAUAUUCCAUGCCAUGUCUUGCCAGAUCUACAACUUCACUCUUCCUCUGUGGAUUAUGAGGGAUGCCUUAGUAUUUGAAGUUGGAAAACCUGAUCUGUGAGCUCAGCAUUUUGAUUCAUGUUAAACUUUGUCUUAUUCAUCAGCCUGUUCUGUGUUCUUCCCCUCUGUCUAGAACACCUUCUGGCCUUGUGGAUUUGGAUGACUAAUGGUCUUCUUUAGGAGUUUGUAUGUCUUGGUUCAUUUCCUCUUCUGAAUUCAGUUGAAGGAGCGGAGCACCUCUGAGGACAGAGAGAGAGGGUGGUUGCCUUGUGUCUCUCCCGAGCCCCUCUUACAUAUAGUGUCAAUACACUUGCCCUCUGUCAGGCUCUCCUGAAAAAGGUAUGGAUAAGAGCACAGACGAAGAGCAGCCUUCAACUGCCAGUAACCAGUACCCUAAGGAAGCAGUGAAGAAACGUCAGAAUUUGGGUCGAGGUUCUGGGAGCAAUGAUUCUUCCAGGACCUUCAGAAAAAGCUUCAGGCUGGACUACAGAUUAGAAGAGGAUGUAACUAAAUCAAAGAGGGGCAAAGAUGGGAGAUUUGUCAACCCGUGGCCAACAUGGAAAUCUCCAACCUUACCCAACAUUUUGAAAUGGUCCUUCAUGGAAAAAAAUAACAGCAAUGUGCCACGCUCAAAGCAGGAACUUGACAAAGAACUCCCAGUGUUACAACCUUACUUUGUUCAAGCACCAGAAGAUGCUGGGAAGACAGGAGCUGGUAUGCGAGUCACGUGGCUGGGACAUGCCACCGUCAUGGUGGAAAUGGAUGAACUUAUAUUUCUCACUGACCCAAUCUUCAGCCAGAGAGCCUCCCCUAUUCAGCUGUUGGGUCCCAAGCGCUUCCGAGGGCCUCCGUGCACAGUAGCGCAGCUGCCCAGGAUAGACGCGGUGCUGAUCAGCCACACCCACUACGAUCACCUGGACUACAACAGCGUGGCCAGUCUGAACGAGCGCUUCGGGAGCGAGCUGCGCUGGUUUGUGCCCCUGGGGCUCCUGCCGUGGAUGCAGAGGUGUGGCUGUGAGAAUGUGAUCGAACUGGAUUGGUGGGAGGAGAACUGUGUCCCUGGUCACGAUGCGGUAACUUUUGUCUUCACCCCGUCCCAGCAUUGGUGCAAAAGGACUGUGACAGAUGAUAACAAGGUUCUCUGGGGCAGCUGGUCUGUCUUGGGACCUUGGAAUAGGUUUUUCUUUGCAGGAGAUACUGGAUAUUGUUUUGCUUUUGAACAAAUAGGUAAAAGGUUUGGACCUUUUGAUCUUGCAGCCAUCCCCAUUGGAGCUUAUGAGCCAAGAUGGUUUAUGAAAUACCAGCAUGUGGAUCCUGAAGAAGCAGUAAGAAUCCAUAUUGAUGUUCAAGCAAAGAAGUCUGUAGCAAUUCAUUGGGGGACCUUUGCUUUAGCAAAUGAGUAUUACUUGGAUCCUCCAGUUAAAUUGAAUGAAGCUCUUGAAAGAUAUGGCUUGAAAAAAGAUGACUUCUUUGUUUUACGCCAUGGAGAAUCACGGAAUUUGAACACAAAUGACCGGUUUGAAAACUGAAACAGCGUCAGUUCCUUGUAAGCCUGUUUGAUUUGAACUAAUGUAACAAUACUAACAUAAUGUACACAAUAAAUUUUUGAGAUUGAAUUGGAUUUCUAAAUGCCAGGUUUAUCAGUUUCAGAACUAAAGCUUGCACACCGAUUUCAUGACAAACUUUACUAGUUAUAUUGUUUAUAAAUUUAGAGAGGUGAUCUAAAAGUGAUUUAUAUAUUGAGUGUUGUCUGGGAAUAACUUGCUCUGAUGUACACCACUGAUAAAAAAAUUAUUUUUAAACUCUUCAUCUUACCUGCUGCAGCAAUAAUUACUUCAGCACAGAACAUAUUCUUAGGAUUAAUGGCUGACUUGAAUUAUUCAUUGUUAGACUGUCAUCUCCCACUUGUUAGUCCUCAGGUUAUGCCCUGUACCUUGAUGUACAAGCUUCAUACAGCUUCACUAUAUGUUUUGUGGGGUGAAGUCUUCCAAUACAGCUGUGUUGUUUAAGCACAAGCAUGGUAAAAUUGUUUCACUCUUCAUUAAUAAACCACAAAUGCUGAAUUUUACAUCAAAGAAAUGUGCCUUUUAAAGAAAGAGAUAAUUUAAUAUUGCAUCAUGGAUGUGUAAAAACUAGCUGCUGGCCAGAAUACCUGCACACUUCUAUUGUUUUGUCUGUGUUUUUAAUUUAGGUCUGAAUAUGUCAAUUGCAGCACAUGAAGUGGAAAAACCUCUUAAUGUCGCUUGUCCUUGCAUUAAAUCAGCCUUUUUCUAAGUACCUUUUUUUUUUUUCCCCAGUAGAAAAUCUUAAGCAAGGGCUGUGGUAUUUUUUCUAAUAGCUUCCCUAUAAUUUUAAAGUUGAAUGAGAUUACAAUAUUGUUCAGUGUUAUUAAACUUGGCCAAAUGUGUCUGUAUCAAAUUGUCUUGCUCAUUUACAGAAUUAAAGCCUAUUGUUGCCAAUAAAAA